AGUAGCGUAUAUUGAAGGAUUUCUUAAAAAAGCAAAAUGAAUACCCUAUUCUGUUUAUUGGCACUGGCCGUGAUCGCUCAGAGCGCUGUUUUGGUGGAUAAGCAGGAUAAGAGCGCGGCGGCACGGAACAACAUUAACAUCGGCGGUAUUUACCCCGGCGACCGGCUGCUUUCCAGAUCGUACGUAUACAAACCCGCAGUAGCCAACACCAUACAGUUCGAAAACUUCGUCUACCGAGAGUACCGAGGCGACACCAGGACCAGGAUAUCAGCCAUCUAUGUCACACAACAGGGCUACUACAAGCAAUGUUCUAGCACUUGGAUCAGAAGUGGCGGUCUGGGCUAUCCCGAUGUGACCAUAAGUUUCCAGUCUUUGAGGGGUUAUGGGUAUUAUUAUAUGAUCGAUAUUUGGGGUCGAUAGAUCUAUAUUU